CUUUAACCAGGCCCAAUAUUUUCAAUACCAAGUAACUAAUUAAUAAAUACUAAAUACUAUAUAGUUUGUAAUAUUAAAGUUAUUUAUGCCUUACACUACAUAAUGCUAAACUAUUGAAUCAAUGAGUGAUAGUCAUCAAUUGCAACUACAUGAUAAUACCGAAGAUGAUAAUAUAGAUGCGCGUCCCUAUCUGUCAUUUCUACAAUCUUUGGAUGAUAGUCAAUUAGUACUAUAUAUCAAUAGUUUAAGUCAAGGUAGCCGUAAUGAUCAGGGUGUCUCUCACGUGAAUUUUACUUCAACACCUUCAAAAGAAGCCAAAGGCAGCAUAUUAACUCAAGACGUGUCAGUGAUUAGUUCAGACCCAUUUAAUGAUGGAUUAGAUGAUGUCCUAUUAAAUUUGAAUUAUACUGAAAAUAGAAGCAAAGAGACUAGAAGUCAGAUUCCUCAAUUAAGUAAUGCUGAACAUGAAGAUGAUAAGCAAGAGAAUGAUGACGAAGAUGGUGAUGAAGAAGAAGAUGAUGAAGAAGAAGAAGGAGAUACUACAGUUGGUCUCUUACAUGAUUUUGGUGAUUAUGGGACUUAUUUCCAUAACAAACAUUUAAAGCAACAAAAAUUAGACCAAGAAUAUAUAAAUUGGGAUGCUGAACGUAGGAAGGAUUCAUCUGAUCCAUCCCUAGCUCCAUCAGAUAUUUUCAAAGACUGUAGAAUAUUUGUAAAUGGACAUACGAGUCCUUCGAUUAACGAAAUCCAUAGAAUGGUUAUUUUAAAUGGUGGAAAAUUCAUUAGCUACUUAACAAAUAAAUCUGCCGCUACUCAUAUCAUCUGUUCAAGAUUAACCCCUCGAAAGAAAAUAGAGUUUAAAUAUUGCAAAGUCGUUAAGCCAGAAUGGAUAGUUGAUUGUGUUAAAGAGAGGAAAUUGUUAGAUUGGAAUGCAUAUAGAAUCAUUGAUGAUGUGGAAUAUGGUCAGAAACGAUUACCUUUUGCAAGCGAUGCCAAUGAUCAAGAGGAAUUAUCAUUUGGAAGGAUAGAUGAAGAUGAAGAGGAGGAAGAGGAAGAGUCCGUCCAACCUGGUCAACGAAUUCCAAGUGAAAUACAAGAGGAAGAGGAAGAGGAAGAGGAAGAGGAAGAGGAAGAGGAAGAGGAAGAGGAAGAGGAAGAGGAUAUUGUAGAACCUGGUCAACGAAUACCAAGUGAAAUUCAUUCUCAUGACGAAGUGACUCAAGGUGCCGAUACGGAUGAAGAGUUAAACGAAGAGAUUGAAGAAUUAGAUGAAUUCUUCCCUUUAACACAACCAGAUGAAGAAAAAGAAGCAUCAUCACAAUUGAAUAAUAUUAGUAAUAAAGAGCAAGAUGAUAUUCGAGAUACAUUUAAGUCUUUGGAAAAAGAUGGUAGAAUCCUAGAUGCCAAGCAUCCAGACUUUUUAAAGCAUUUCUUUGCUAAUUCAAGAUUGCAUCAUUUAAGUGUUUGGAAGGCUGAUUUAAGAUUGAAAUUCUUAAGGAAGAUAAUCAAAGAACGAAAUCAAACUGGCCAUAAUCUUGUAAUAGAUAAUGCCAAAAAAUCCAAAUCAAUUAUUAUGCAUAUUGACUUUGAUUGCUUUUUUGCAACUGCAUCUUGCUUGAAUUACCCAAAGUUGGAUAUAAACAGAGAUGCAAUUGCUGUUACCCAUGGAUCCAGAACAUCAGAUGUUGCAAGUUGUAAUUAUGUGGCUAGAAAAUUUGGUGUAAGGAAUGGUAUGUGGGUUAAUAGAGCGAAACAAUUAUGUCCUACUAUAAUUACCAUAGAUUAUGAUUUUGCAAGUUAUGAAAAGUAUUCCAAUGAAUUUUACAACUACUUGUUAAGUUAUAAAGAUCAAUUUGAUCAUAUAUUCCCUGUUUCUAUUGAUGAAGCCUUGGUAGAUUUGACUUCAAUGUGUGAAAAAAAUUCGCCAGAGAAGUUAGAAGAAUUCCUCGAUUCAUUCUGUAAAACUAUUAGAAGAGAUAUAUUCCAAUUAACUAAAUGUUCGGUGAGUAUUGGAAUAUCUAAUAAUGUUCUUUUAUCUAAAUUGGCUAUUAAGAAAGCCAAGCCAGAUGGUCAUUAUUUCUUUUUAGGAAAUGCUUCUAACAUUCAAGAAUCAAUCAAGAAAUUUUCAGUAAAAGAUUUACCAGGAAUAGGUGGUAGUGUUAUGGAAAAAUUAUCUGAAAUAAUUAAUACUGGUCGAAGCAAACCAAUUUUAAUAGAAGAUAUAAUACCAUUAUCUAAAUCAAGAUUGAUUGCAGAAUUUGGUGAAAAAACAGGAACUAAAUUGUAUCAAUAUUCUAGAGGUAUUGAUGAUACAUCCAUCGCUAUUGAUUUCAAUAAUCCAGAGGCAGUCUUGGGACGAAAGUCUGUAUCUGUUGAUGUAAAUUAUGGUAUUAGAUUUGAGACAUUUGAUGAAAUUGAUGCUUUUUUAAUGAGAUUAGCUCAAGAGUUAUAUUCUCGAUUGAUUGCAUUAGGGAUAUGUGGUUCAAAUUUAGUUUUACGAUUAGCUAGAAGAGCUCCUAACGCACCUAUUGAUCCACCUAAAUAUCUUGGUAUGGGAAGUUGUACCUUUGCCAACAAGUCAUCGAAAUUAGGUGUUCCAACUAAUGACUGGGGAGUUAUUGGAUCUGAAAUGAAGGCAUUGUUAAGAAUGAUCAAUGUACCAAUACAUGAAAUAAGAGGCAUUUCAGUUACUUUAACUAAAUUGAAAGAUGUGGAAGGAAUGAAAAAUUCCCAUCGCCAGAUGAAAUUGCCUUUCAAUCAGAUUAAGUUAUCGGACGUAAGCCAUGAUCCCUUUAAAGAGCUCACGAAUAAAUCAGAGCCGCUAAUAAAUAAUACUACUUCACCAACUAAGAGAAAAAGAGAAGAUUCAGCAUCGAUUCUAAAUUUCAAUAGUCCGUCUAGGAAAAAGAAGCAAGCAUCUAUUCCAUUUCUCCAGGAUGUAAACUCGAUUGAUUGGGAAGUCUUUGAUGCCCUUCCAACAAGCAUCAAACAAGAAAUAAAACUUGAAUUACAAAGACGAGGGAUAAUUUCCUAUUCACCAUCGAAAUUAUCUAGAAGCCUGAGCCCUAUGAAAAGUGGAGUGGGCACUUCAAAAGCAUAUUUACAGCAAUUAUUGCCUAGUCAACUAGGAGCUCCCCCAAAAUACGUCAGAGUUAUUGAUAAAGGAUUAUCGCCAACAAAAAGAAAAGUGAAAACAAAAUCUCCUCUGCCAAAGAAAGAGCCAGCAUCAAGGCAACAGUUUGAAGAAGACGAAGUCAGCUAUGAUUCUUCCCUUUUGAAAGAAUUACCAAGUUCAAUCCGUGAAGAUGUCAUGAAAGAUAUUGAAUAUAAGAAAAAGGUUAAGAAACUUGAUAUGAUUCUGUUACGAGAGAAAGUCAAUAAAAAGAUUGAAUUAUCUACAGUUAAGAUCAAAGAGAUUGAUUUGGAAUUCAUUUCUAAAUCAGAUAAGUUAAAACCCUCGCUUUCUUUCCUCCCCGAUGUAGCAAUAUCGUCAUUUGAAGAUUUAAAAAUGAAGAUCCAAAAUUGGAUAGAAAUGUCGUUGGCUCAGAAGGGUCCUCAUAUCGAUGACAUCACUACUCUAAAGGAUUUCUUUAAUAAAUUAUUACUUCAAAGAGAUCUAAAUCGUUGUCUACUACUAUUAGAAUUUAUCGAGAAUACUAUAGAAGCUAAAGAAGUAAUAAAUAAUAUGCAACCAGUUGAUAAUGAUAAGACGUUCAUUUCAGAAGGAAUUAUAGACUGGCACAGAGCAUUGAAUGAAUUUAUCAAACCUGCAAUCCGGAGUUAUUGUAAUGAAAAUCAUCUUCGGACGCGUAUAUAGCACACAUUAAUUUUUUUUCAAUGUAAUAUAUAGAAGUUUAUAACGUUAAUCGUAGUUACACAUAUAUAUGACUAGUAAUAGGGAAAGAAAGGUUU